ACUGCAGCCCUCCACUGUAAAUAUCUGCCUUAGCAAAUGGCUGUUUGGCUGUAGUCCAUGAAACAAACCUCAAAACUAGCAUUUGCAAUACGCUUAAGAGAAAAAAAAGAUCAGAGGUACAGGCCAAACAUUUGGUCGGUGUCAAGUGUAUUGUAAUCUAAUAGCUCAUUGUUUGCUGAAAAUGGGUUUUCGAGGCAUUGGCUUUCUGCUCCAGUGUUACCUGAUGCUGGCCACUGCGAUGUAUUUUGAUCUGGGAGAACAGGAGGAAAAGUGCAUCAUUGAGGAGAUUCCAGAGGACACGCUGGUGACCGGUUAUUUCUUGUUGGAGCCUUGGGAUAUGAGGUCGCUCCACAACUCCCCCCACUUUGGUGCCACUGUGACAAUCAGAGACCCAAACCAGGAGGUUGUGAUGACCAAGCGCUUUGGUAAAUUUGGUAAAUUCACCUUCACAGCUCAUGCCUCUGGUCAGCACUACCUUUGCUUCCAAAGCAACUCCACCAGGUUCUCUGUCUUUGCUGGAGAACGACUGAAGCUACAUGUGGACGUUCAGAUGGGAGAGCACUCGAUUGAACCCGUUACUGACAAGACCAAAGACAACAUGGAGACACUGGAGAACAGCCUCAGACACCUUGUGAAUCAGAUGAUGUACAUCAGCAGACAGCAGGAGUACCAGAGGGAGAAAGAGGAGGUGUUUCGACACAUCAGUGAGACCACCAACAGGAAAGUGCUGUGGUGGGCCGUGGUGCAGACGUCCAUUCUGCUCACAGUCGGUUUCUGGCAGAUGAAACGACUCAAGGCAUUCUUCAUUGCCAAGAAGCUGGUGUGACCUCUGACCCCGUCACCGCUGUACCUGCUGUACAGAUCUCCCCCACACAUGCUCCAGUGCUUCUAAUAACCUGCAGAAAGGACGAUUCAUGGCCAGAAAUACUGUAACAAUUAAAAACUCUCCAUCUGCCAAACAUAUGGUCUGAUGAUUACAGGAAAUAGAGUAAAAAUUGUGCAUGUAAACAAUAAAUGGAUGCAACAUGUGGAGAAAAUCCAUUUAUACCUCUAUAGGGAAUGCAUUAUAGACAUUAUUAUAUAUAAAUCUCUUUCACCAUGUACAUGUAUAGCAUUGUAUUAUACUUUAGUAAGAGUUCAAGUUUGGACAUGUUAUAAUAAUCAUGGUUAUCUAACUCCUUAAUGAGCAAACAUACACAAUGUUAAAAAACUUAAUAACCAGACUUCUGCAAUUUCAAUAAAGUUUGAACAGCUGUUUUGCA